AUUAAGAGUUAAAGUUUCACGUGAAAUCAUGUUAUUCAGUGCUACUCGUGCGCUUCUACGCGGGGCCCAACGGGCUGAUCUUCAUCGCCACCGUGACGUGCACCGUUGGGUAGCGCCAACAUUGCGUGAACUACGCAAGCGGCGUGAGAAAAUGGGUCCGGAAGCGGUGUUGCCCCGAUCAUCUCACACGGACUGGAACUACAAUGCAGAAAUCUUCGCGUUUGGCAAACGGUUGCAGGAAAACUUUGAACCCGCUCUUCUACAGCAAGCAUUUACGCAUCAAUCAUUCAUUGAGCAAGAAACACAUAGACAGGCUUCGGUUGGCAUCGAACAGCCGGUACUGGGUGUCAAUGAUAACCAGGAACUAAUAGCACACGGCGACCAGUUAAUAACUAACUAUGUCGAUGCGUUCCUACUUACGACACUUCCCCGUUUACCACGCCAUUUUGUAGUGUGCUUGCGAGAGGCUCUUACCAGCGAAUCGCAGCUUGCCCACGUAUCGUCUCAUUUGGGCACGAAAGAUGUCAUCAUGGCGGCAGAAUUUCCCGUAGGUGAUGCUUUACUGGCAAACACACUAAAGGCCAUCGUAGCAGCGCUCCAUCGUUCAUCUGGCGACGAACAAUGUUUCCUGUUUGUUCGCGACUUCUUGUGCACCACGUUGAACCAGCGGGAUCUGUUUGAAUUCUUUGACAUCCCUGAUCCUCUGCAAACAUUGCAAGAAUACUGCAAAGAGCGAAAACUAGCAGAUCCCGAACCACGGCUGAUCGGAAACGUCGGAAAGAACACAAUCCUCGCGACGUACAACGUUGGUAUUUAUAAUGAUCGGAAAUUGCUGGGGAGUGGAUUCGGCGAGAAUCAAACGAUUGCGAUUGAAGAAGCGGCACGGGAUUGCCUGCGGAAGCUUUUUGGCAUUGAGCUCUACAUGAAACCGGUUAACUUUAGACUAACGCUGACAGAUUGUGCCCAAAAUUUAGUUCAAAAAAGUGCCGGAAAGGUAAAAAAUCGCCAAAAGAGUAAUUAGUCAUUUCCUUGCAAACCAAUUUAAACAGCAAGAAAAGG